CAGCUUAGAAAACGUCAAUACAUAUUUUGUCUCAGAGACAUGAUUGUUGCCAUUAUUCAAAGAAAAUAAUACUGAAUGACAGAAUGGAUUUUAGGGAUAUGGUAAUAGGAAUACUGCUUUCACUUGAGAUUUUACUUGGUAUUAUUGGAAACUUCUCCCUUCUUUUCUACUAUCUAAUCCUUUACUAUAAGGAACACACAUUAAAAAUCAUAGAUACAAUUCUUAUACAUGUGUUCAUAUCUAACUCCUUGAUCCUUCUCUCCAAAGGACCCCCUGAGGUACUGGGAGCUUUUGGGUCAAAGCAGUUAUUCAAUGAUGUUGAGUGCAAAAUUAUCUUAUAUGUUCAAAGAAUUGCCAGAUGUAUGUCCAUAAGCACCACUUGUCUCUUGAGUGUCUUUCAAGCAAUCACCAUCAGCCCCAGGAACUCUUGCUGGAAGGAAUUUAAAGUCAAAACCACAAAGUUUAUGGGACUGUCUAUUUCCCUCUGCUGGAUUAUGUACAUGUUACUAAAUAUGCUUUUCCCUUUAUAUACAUCUACCAAAGGUAAUAGAGAAAAUCGGACCCAAAAGAGUGAUUCUGAAUUCUGCUACUCUGGAGGCCGUGACAAAAUAGUAGAUUUAUUGUAUGCAGUAUUUUGUGUGUUUCCAGAAGUCUUAUUUUCUCUACUCAUUGUAGUUUCCAGUACCUUCAUGAUUGUUAUUCUUUAUAGACACAAGAAAAGGGUUCAACACAUCCUUCACAUUCAUGCUUCUUUUAGAAUCUCUGCUGAAAACAGAGCCACACAGACCAUUUUGGUCUUGGUUUUCACCUUUCUAGUGUUUUAUACUCUUUCUUCAAUUUUACAAGGCUAUAUUGCUCUUUCACAUGAUCCCAAUUGGUGGGUAAUGAAUAUCACAGCUAUCAUAGCUUUGUGUUUCCCUACUUUAGGCCCAUUUGUGAUGAGUCAUAAUUUUACUGUUUCCGGAUUUUGCUUUACCUGGAUAAAAAACAUUUAA